GAAAUAUCCGUAUAUGAAAAAUACUAUAUGAAAAAUACUUACCUAGGUACAUAUAAAUGCUUUCUUUACCUGUACCAAACAUACCUACACCUACCUUACCUAGGUAUCCAUUUCAAAGGCACCAACCCUCGAGAGCUCAAGAAGUUCUUCCUUUUUGACUCAUCAUAACUCCACGUCCAGUCGUCCCUAUAAAGAGUCAAAUACCUUAUCUCUACGAGUUAUCUACGUCUCUCGCUUUUCCUUUCAGUUCAGCACCAAUUGACUCGGCGGUCUGAGCAACAUGGAGGCUAUUAAACAGACGUUCAGGCGCUGCAAGGCAGAGAAGAGGGCUGCCUUGGUAACAUAUGUCACUGCCGGUUAUCCCAAGCCCGAGGACACUCCUGAUAUUUUGAUAGGAAUGCAAAAAGGUGGCGCUGAUGUUAUCGAGCUUGGUGUGCCCUUCACAGACCCAAUUGCCGACGGCCCGACUAUCCAGACCGCAAACACCGUCGCUCUCGCCAAUGGUGUUACUAUCAAGUCUACCCUCGGCAUGAUUCAAGACGCCAGGUCCAAGGGAUUAACUGCACCGGUUCUGUUGAUGGGUUACUACAAUCCCCUGUUGAGUUACGGCGAAGACGAACUUCUACGAGAUUGCCAAGAGGCUGGCGUUAAUGGCUUCAUCGUUUGCGAUCUGCCUCCUGAGGAAGCCGUGUCCUUCCGAAAAUUAUGUGGCAAGGGAGGUUUAUCAUACGUGCCCUUGAUUGCGCCCGCGACUUCUGAUACCCGUAUGCGACUCCUAUGCGCCCUGGCCGAUUCUUUCAUAUAUGUCGUAUCCCGCAUGGGCGUAACGGGAGCCCUAGGUACCCUCAACGCCAACUUGCCCGACUUGCUCGAGAGAGUUAAGAAAUAUAGUGGCGAUAAGCCAGCCGCCGUCGGAUUCGGUGUAUCGACGCGGGAACACUUCCAAUCUGUUGCUUCCAUCGCAGAUGGCGUCGUCAUAGGUUCUCAAAUCAUCACGAUUUUGCAGAAGGUCGAGGACGGUAACGGUGCCAAAGCUGUUGAGGAGUAUUGCGCCUAUGUGAGUGGACGGACAACCCAGGAGACAACCCGAGAAGUUGGUGUAAUUGAGGCUAUCAGCGCAGCCAAAGAGCCUAGCGGCGAUGACGUGACAGUCAACGGCGUAAUUACGGAGCAUGACGAUGCUGCCUUGGUAGCUCAACUUGCUGCGCUUCAUGGAAAGAUUCCCGAGCGGUUUGGCGAGUUUGGCGGCCAGUAUGUGCCCGAGUCCCUUAUGGACUGUCUAUCCCAGUUGGAGGACGGCUUCAAUGCCAUAAAAGACGACCCUAAAUUUUGGGAGGAGUAUAGGUCCUACUACCCGUGGAUGGGCCGGCCAGGCCAGCUGCACUUAGCAGAACGGCUCACAGAACAUGCUGGUGGCGCUAAUAUCUGGUUAAAGCGGGAAGACUUGAAUCAUACCGGAUCUCACAAGAUCAACAACGCCUUAGGGCAGCUUCUAUUAGCAAGGCGACUGGGAAAGACGAAGAUUAUUGCCGAGACCGGCGCUGGACAGCACGGUGUGGCAACGGCAACAGUAUGCGCCAAGUUUGGCAUGGAAUGUACAGUCUUCAUGGGUGCCGAAGACGUUCGUCGUCAGGCAUUGAACGUAUUCCGAAUGCGGCUUCUCGGUGCCAAGGUCGUUGCCGUCGAAGCUGGCAGCAAGACUUUACGAGACGCUGUCAACGAGGCGCUCCGCUAUUGGGUUGUCCACCUCGAGGACACUCACUACAUCAUAGGAUCAGCGAUUGGCCCUCACCCUUUCCCUACAAUUGUGAGAACCUUCCAGUCAGUCAUCGGCAAUGAGACGAAGGCGCAGAUGUUAGAAAAACGAGGGAAGCUGCCUGACGCCGUUGUGGCUUGCGUCGGUGGAGGGAGCAAUGCAGUUGGCAUGUUCUACCCUUUUUCGAAUGACCCUAGCGUUAAGCUUCUAGGCGUCGAAGCCGGUGGUGAUGGUGUGAACACCAAGCGUCACUCGGCUACGCUUACAGGAGGCACCAAGGGUGUUCUACACGGCGUCAGGACGUACGUGUUGCAAAAUGAGUUCGGACAGAUCUUAGAUACGCACUCGGUCUCAGCUGGUUUAGAUUAUCCCGGCGUUGGUCCCGAAUUAUCGUCCUGGAAGGAUUCGCAGAGGGCCAAGUUUAUUGCCGCUACUGAUGCCGAAGCAUUCAUCGGCUUCAGACUUAUGAGCCAGCUGGAAGGCAUUAUACCCGCGCUCGAGUCGGCCCACGGCAUUUACGGAGCUAUCGAGCUAGCCAAGACAAUGAAGAAGGAUGAGGAUAUUGUUAUCUGUCUUAGUGGAAGGGGUGAUAAGGACGUACAGAGCAUCGCGGAGGAGUUACCUAAAUUAGGUCCUCAGAUCGGAUGGGAUUUGCGUUUCUAAGGAAUGAGAGUGGUUUUGUAGGUUCGAUCUAGAAUCGAAAUUUGGGUGAAUCUCUCAAGACUCGGCGUUAGCUGGCGUAAGGGGUCGCUAAAAAAGUUAGAUAAAAAAACAUUCUAUGAUUAUACAUAGUACCUAAUUUCGGCGACAUAUAGAUGUGUAU